CUUUAGAGUCAGAAGUUUGUUGUUGAUUUUCUUUCAUCUGAGUUUUGAUCAUUUUAUUUUUAACACUUGUUCAUCGAUCGACUAUUUCCUGUCAAUUCUUUCAGCGGAGUGACGUCAUGUCUCACGUCGUCCUGCUGGAUCUCGUGCACGGCUGCUGUCACACACGCGUUGCCGGCUCGUCCCCGGACUCGCGCGUGUUCGUGCUGUGCGGGAAACGUUACCGCGAGAAGGGACACGCGCUUCCGAGCUGGUGCGGGAGCGCGCAGGCGCUCGCUCGCGGCUCCACCGCGGAAAGUUUGUUCAGGUUCAAAGUGAUCGUGGACGAGCUGCGCGUCACCUCCGUGACCGUGCACACGAGCCCGCGGGGACUCGACGCGCUGCCUCGAUACCUGAAGCUGCUGUUCACGGCCGCGUACACGUUCCAGUACAGAGUGACGUCACAGGACAACCGCACCUGUCCGAGCUGCACAAGCUCCUCCCACACGGACUCACCUGGUGGAGGAGUCAAGGAAAGAGAAAAAGAGGAGGAGGAAGCAAAAGAAGGAGAAGAAGAAGAGUGGAAGUUUCUGCAGCAGCUUCCUGCUCUGAAGGGACAGAUCAGGGUUCUGACGUCAUCACUGAUCCCAGAUGUCUUCGGUCAUGGCUUCAGUACUCGUAGAGGGGGCGUGUCCUACAUCCCGACCCUGUCCUCCUUGAAUCUGUUCAGCAGCAGCAGGAGGCGGGACCCUGUCGCCAUGGUGAUGGAAAACAGACGCCGGUUGGGCCUCCACGCCGGGUUCCACCCACAGCCGCUUCGCCUGGUGCAGGUCAACCACGGCAGCGACGUUUGGGUCGUGGGCAAAGCUGAGCCCGAGAGUUACGACGGGAUGGUGACCAAUCAGACGGGGGUGGUGUUAGCAGCUCCGGGAGCCGACUGCAUGCCCGUCCUGUUUGCUGAUCCUGUGUCAAAGGUCAUCGGAGCCGCUCACGCAGGUUGGAAAGGAACGCUGAUGGGGGUUGCCAUGGCAACAGUGAAGGCCAUGGUAACGGAGUUCGGUUGUCAGGUGAGCGACAUCAUGGUGGCGGUGGGACCGUCUGUGGGGGAGUGUUGCUUCACCCUGAAGAGGCAGCAGGCGCUGGACUUCAUCAGCAUCCAUCCCGAAUGUGUCCCUGACCCGGGGUCGGACAGACCACACGUCAACAUCCGCCUCGCCAACAGGUGCGAACUGACUGAAUCUCCUAAAGCUGAAUCCCCAAAACCUGAAUCCCCAAAAGCCGAAUCCCCAAAAGCCGAAUCCCCAAAGACCGAGAAGCCUGACGCUCCCAAGCCUGCUGAAGAGAAAUCAGAGAAAAAGAGCGACUCAACAGAAGACAAAAAGAUAGAAAAGAAGGAUGUUGCCAUGAACGGCGACUUAGACAAGAGCCCGGAAGAGGAAACGAAGGACGAGGCCAAGGAAGACGACGUGAUAGCUAACGGCGUGGACGACGGCCCCGGAAAGGAUGAUGCCAGCCAGAAGGUGGUGAUUACCAAGACCGUGGAGACAAUCACCACUGGUGAGGACGGCUCCAAGCACGUCACCAAGUCCAUCACUGUGACCGAGACAGUGAAGGAGGUAGAAGAGAUGGUGCAGGAGAAGGUGGUGGCCACCAAGAAGACGGAGAAGCACUCCACGCAAUCGGUCAAGGAAGUGACCGAGGGCAACUGA